GGGGCGCUGUGUUGUCUUUGAUUCACUUGAAUAGAAGAAGAAAAAGGCGGAAGUGAACGUCCUUGUCUCCAACAUGGCUCCCCCCGUAGCAGUAUCGCCACUCAUCAAGACGGCCCGGUGGUCUGCCCUGUUGCUCGGCGUCUUCUAUGGCAAACAGAGGUUUGAGUACCUGAAGCCCAUCGCAGCGGAGGAGCGGAAGGUGGAGGAGGCUGAAAAGAAGGCUCGCGAGGAGCAGGAGCGCAUUGCCAAAGAAUUGGCCGAAGCCAAUUCAGAUACCAUCCUCAAGUGAGCUACUUAGCCUCCGUUAUGUUCUAAAUCAAAUAAAAGAUUGUUUUUCAUGUGA